UAAUAAGUUGUAAGAUUUCAGAGGAAGUAAUCUACCGAUGGUCACACAAAGAAGAAACAGCCAUGCCUGAGUUUAAAAAGGUGUGCUUUUCGUUUUUGGUCAUCGUAUUUGCUGUAAUUGUGGUUGCGCGUGUUGUCACUUUGGGGGUUCUUCUAAGCCGAUUUCGGCCUCAUAAUGGCACUUGCUCAAAAGCUGCAGUGGCCGCAGACUCUGGGAAAUGUUCAGAGAUUGGACGGGACAUUCUCAAGAUGGGCGGCUCAGCAGUAGAUGGCGCCAUUGCUGCGCUGCUGUGCACCUCCGUCAUCAACCCACACAGUGCGGGCAUUGGAGGAGGGUGCAUGUUCACUGUGAUGGACAGCUCUGGUUACGUGACAAUCAUCAACGCCAGAGAGACUGUGCCUGCAGGGGUGAACCCUGACCUACUUAAGUCAUGUCCCAAGAUCAUGGAGUGGGAGGAAGACAGCAGAUGGAUCGGGGUUCCUGGGGAAAUUCAAGGUUAUGCAGAGGCACACAGGCGUUAUGGGAAGUUGCCGUGGGACAUCCUGUUUGAGCCGACCAUCCGACUGGCCAGAGAAGGGUUCCCUAUUCCUUACAUUCAAGGUCAACAUAUCCCACGCAUUGCUAAUACAUCACUACGGAAGUUAUAUUCAGAUGAGAACGGGAACCUGCUUAAAAUCGGUGAUAUUGUGAAAUUUGAGAAACUGGCUGAUACUUUGGAGAUGAUUGCAAAGCAGGGGCCAGAUGUGUUUUACAACGGAAGCAUAGCAGAAGAUUUAAUCCGUGACAUACAGCAAGCAGGAGGAACACACACACUGCAGGACUUGGCAUCAUAUAAAGUUACAGUGACUGAUGCGUGGACUGUUCCUUUGGGAGAGUACCAGAUGUACUUCCCCCCACCCCCUUCAGGAGGAGCCAUCCUUAGCCUCGUCCUCAACAUCAUGAAAGGAUUUAAAAUGAAUUCAGAACCUAAGACAGCUGAUGAAAAGACAUUAUUUUAUCACCGUUAUAUUGAAGCUUUGAAAUUUGCCAAUGGAUUAAAGAAAUAUAUCCGAGAUCCAAAGUUCAACUCAGAUGAAAAGGCAAAGAAUAUAACAGAGGACAGCUUUGCUGGCUACAUACGGAGCUUGAUCACUAACGAGACUCAUGAUGAUGAGUAUUACAACCUCACCCCAUAUGUGGACAGCACAGGUACCACACAUGUGUCUGUGCUGGCUGAAGAUGGAUCUGCGGUUUCUGUCACCAGCAGCAUCAAUGACAUCUUUGGCUCCAAGGUCUUCUCUCCAAGCACUGGAAUCAUUCUCAACAACCAGCUGUCUGACUUCUGUGUAAGCCCUGAUAGCAUCUCUCCUGGGGAGCAGCCUCCCUCCACUACAGCUCCAGCUGUGCUGAAGUCUCAGUCAAUCACGUUGGUGAUUGGAGGAUCUGGUUCACCUAUGAUCACAACUGGAAUGGCCACGGCACUCAUGAACCACCUUUGGUUUGGAAAGAGCCUUAAAGAGGCAAUUGAUACUCCAGUUGUUUUUGUCAACUCAAAAAAUGCAGUAGAGUUUGAAACCAACUUUGAAAAGGACCUAAUUGAUGCUCUUGACGCUCUGGGACACAAUCGUCAAACAGCAGAUAAAUUCUACAAUGUAGUUAAUGCUGUGGAGAAGGAUGGCAGCUGUAUUUCUGCAUGGUCUGAUGAAAGAAAAAAAGGCAAAGCAGCGGCUUACUGAGACCAAGAGUCAGUGAUGUUAGUUAUACAGCAUGGCCUUAAGGUUCCAGACACUCCUGCAGCCACAAAACCACAAACUCUGCAGCAGAUGGUCUCUGUCCUGCUGGAAGAUCAUUAAACGUGAUGCUGAUUAUCAGUGAAGAUGAUCAAGAAGAAACAUCAGCCCUCAUCUGUGACAAUAUCUGAUCUCCUUUCACUCUUCUGUUCUGUUUCCAUGACUUCUAUUUCUCUUCUGCCAUUUCUAUUGUAAAAGUGGGGUCAGUACAGGUCAUUGUCUAUCCACGUCCAUCAGUGACUUUGACACUUCAGUCAUGUUUCAGUUGUCUUUUUUUAAAUGAGUAAUACAGUAUUUACUUUCAUUUGUAGCAUUUUCUACCAUUUGAUGUUUUUUGUUUAUUUUAUAAGAUUUUGUGCUCCAUGAACUGUCCUGCUAUCUUGAAUUUAUUCUUCUAUCAUAAAGUGCAGGUAACUGUCUUAAAUCGGUGUGUGUGAUUCUGCUGAUGCGCUCAGGUUAAAAGUUAGUCAGGUAAGCAGGUCAUGGAGCAACAGUUUUCUGACCGCUGCAGUUUAUGGUUGUUUUACAUGUCACAGUUAUAGGAAUAGAUCACCAAGGCCCUAUUCCAGGAAGCAUGCUCAACAAAUUCUAAGUUUAAAAAUAAACUCUGAGUUGCGAGAAUAAGCUGUUUGGCAUUGGCAGAGAAGAUUUAGCAAGUUUUUUGUGGGUGCAAUCCACAUACUCAACUCUGCUGCUCAACCCACAAAUGCAUUUUCCUUACAAAUGUGGCUCCAUUUAAGGGAAAAUAAACAGGCUUUCCAGCUGUGUAAAAUUUAUUGCCAUGAAGCAUUGUUACAACAAAGAAAUAAUUGACCAAACACAAAUUUCUGUAAUUUAUAUGCUUAGUUUAUAGGCUGAUCAGUUAGAUUUUAGAUAUUUCAGUAUAGUUUUGGAAGGAUGAGCUAUUUUAAAUAAGGAAUAAAGAUUGUGUCGGGACAAAAGAUGCUGCCAUGAACCGAUCCAAAACAGAUCCAGAUGGGAUUACCUGGGAAAUGACUGGAGCUGAAUUGGAUCCAGGCCUGAUCUAUUCUGAAUCUGUGAUCCUUAUUUAUUUUGCAUCCAUCCUGUUGUGCAAGUGGGCAGCAAACCCACUUGCAAGUGGGCUUGGACAUGGUUUGCUGAUCUGUUACGGAGCCUGUGAUACCUCUGGGCAGAUCCCGUUCUGGGUUGACCCACUGAGACUGAUUUAGGUGAUUUUUAGUGGAAAAUAUGUUGAGGCUCAGACUGAAUUUCAGACACUGUACCAUUCAAAAUGUAUGUUACCAUGGUAACUGACUCAGAGUUGAACAGAAAACCUUGAGUUUCUCUCAUCGCAGGGUCAACAAAGUCAGAGCUGUUAGCUAAAUCUGCUUCCUGGAAUAGGGCCCAGGAAUCCAGCUGGGUAUGUUUUGUUUUGUAACUGCUGAUUUUUUUUGUAGAAUCAUUUAAAAAAAAAAAAAUCUGCCUUGUUUUCAUCAUUUGAUCUAUUU